ACCACGUGACGUUGAUGUCACCCAUAUUUUGGUGAGACACCAGGAAGUGCGGAAGAAGGCGAAGACCGAAACCCGAAGGGCUUAAGUUUUCCUGGCUAGUUUGGCUGCUCGUUUUCGCGGACCGUUUUCAAGGAUUUCAUCUUGUGGCCGUUGACCUCCAGAAGAACCACGACAAGAUGCCGGCCUUGGACAAACAUCUCUUCAAUCUAAGGUUUGCAGCCAAAGAGCUUGCAAGAAAUUCCAAGAAAUGUGAUAAAGAAGAAAAAGCUGAGAAAGCUAAAGUAAAGAAGGCCAUCCAGAAGGGCAAUAUGGAGGUGGCGAGGAUCCACGCAGAGAACGCCAUCAGACAGAAGAAUCAGUCUGUGAACUACUUGAGGAUGAGUGCACGAGUGGAUGCAGUGGCAGCCAGAGUCCAGACAGCCGUCACAAUGAACCAGGUCACAAAGUCUAUGGCUGGAGUGGUGAAAGGAAUGGAUGUCACUCUGAAGAGCAUGAACCUGGAAAAAAUUUCUGCUCUCAUGGACAAAUUUGAGCACCAGUUUGAAACUCUGGAUGUGCAGACUGCACAGAUGGAGGAUACCAUGAGCAGCACCACAACGCUCACAACACCACAGAAUCAAGUCGAGUCUCUGAUGCACGAAUUGGCUGACGAAGCAGGCUUGGACCUGAACAUGGAGCUCCCCCAGGGACAGACCGGAUCACUGGCUUCCACCAUGGCCUCUACAGAACAGGAUGAGCUGUCUCAGAGGCUCUCCAAACUCAGAGAUCAAGUGGAGUGACCGCAGUCGGCCGCUGUUGGACCGCAGAGCUCUGAAAACGACCGGACACUACCUGAAUAUUACUUCUGAACAGCUUCGAUUUGCAUCCCGUCUUGAUUUUACAUCUCAUGUGUCUGUCGAGGAGCUGCUGUUUCAUUCUCUAUCCCAACAAGCAAAAUGCCCUUCUUCUUUUUUUCACUUCUGUGCACUGUUAACAUCACAGCGAUUGCACAUUUUCCUGCAACACCUUUACCUUAACUCAUGUCUGUUUGUUGGGUAUUUUGACCAUUCUUGAUUAUAUUUUUCUCCCAAAAAAGAUUUGAUUGAUCAUUAUUGGUAAAUGUGUAUACUUAAGAAAUCCAUAAACCUGAACAGAACAUGGUAAAUAUGAUGACUAUAUGGUGAUCUGUAUUAUCAUACAGAUGAACGUGUAUUUAAAGCUCCAUUUCAUAUACUUGUGGUGGAAAAGCUGAAGGUUUAGAAUGAUUUUAGUUUCUCCUGUCACUUCUGUUGUAUAGCAGGCAACAUGUAUGCAUAUCUGUCUUCAUGGUAUCAGAGUGCGAAAGAUUUCCCUCUUUACUGGUGAAAUGAUUUCUUUCUGUGUUUUAUUAUAUUUUAUUUGGACUGAUGUUUUGAGAGGAGCCUGGACUGUAAGCUCGUGUGUUUGUCUGAUUCUCUCUACCAUGGUUCACUGAUCAUUUGGGAAGGGGUGAGAGAUUGGAGAUUAAAUUGCAAGUAAAGAAUAAAGUUUUAUACUUGUAUCGCUUUUCCUUUUUGAUUUAUGACAAGUAAAAGUUUCCUAUUUACACUU